AUAUGGCCGUGAUGCAUAUCUGCAACAUACCGUUUGAAUUCAACUAUUUCAUAGUGUUUAUAAAGAAAGUGACAUGUGUUAGUGUGAUGUCAUAAUGCAACAAGGCUUUUUUUUAUUAGUAUGACCUGAUCCCACUCUACCAUGAGUUUUGACAACAUAAGUUUACUUUUCCCGCCAAUUUUGUGAAACAAGCACGAAUAAUGUCAGAAAAAGGAUUAACGCCUUCGCAAAUAGAAAGUUUUUUUAAUAGCGUGGAUAGCGAGGAUGAUCUCGACUUUUCUGCUGAUGACGAAAGCGAUUACUAUCCCAAUAAAGAAGAUUUUGAGACCUCAGAUGACGAAGUUUUGGAAAAUCAAGUUGAACUCCCUACCGACUUGAAUGUUCCAAGCAAGGAUGUCAACGAUGUUGCGACUUCUAGCAAAAAGGACCUAAGAAGGAAUUUGCUAUGGAGACAACGCAGUUUGAUUUUGAAUGAGAACCAACUUCAGCUGCUCACGAGCACUGCGUUACCUCCGGAACUAAUGGAGCUGUCCCAGCCUAUUCAAUUUUUUUCGUAUCUAUUUCCUAAAAAAGUUUUUGAGAAUAUUUCGAAUGAAACUAACCUUUACAUUCAUCAAAAGAGCCAAACGCAAAUAUUACUUUUACUCCUUUGGAUAUUCAACAGUUUGUUGGAAUUGUGUUGUAUAUGUCCAUUUCACGACUUCCAAAAUGUGCCCUUUACUGGUCUGCAAGUAUUGGAAUACCGACAAUUCAAAACAUUAUGUCACAAAAAACAUUUGAAACAAUCAGACGUCACAUUCAUUUCAACAACAAUGAUAAUAAUCUGCCUUUGACUGAUUCCCGUCAUGAUCGGCUUUUCAAAAUACGACCACUUAUUCAGGAAAUUAAUAACAAUUUUGGAAAAGUACCUAAGGAACAGUUUUUGUGUGUCGACGAACAGAUUUGUUCAACAAAAGCAAGAUCACAUAUGAAACGGUACAAUCCUAACAAGCCUCAUAAAUGGGGAUAUAAAAUAUAUGUUUUAAGCGGUAAUUCGGGCUUCUGCUAUAAAUUCGAGAUUGAUUCUGGCAAUGAAAACGUAGUACUACUUAACGAGCCAGAUCUAGGAGCAGCAUCAAAUUGUGUUGUAAGAUUGGCCAGAGAAGUCCCCAGGCAUCAGAAUUUUCGCCUAUAUUUUGACAAUUAUUUUAAUUCAUUACCUCUUUUAAACAAGGCCAAAAAGGAAUAUAUACAAAUUGACCGUCCUUUCGCUGUAGCACAAUACAACAGUUAUAUGGGAGGCGUUGAUCUGAUCGACAGUAUAAUCGGAAGAUAUAAAAUUUUAUUGAGAAGCAAACGUUGGCAAGUCAGAAUCUUUUAUCAUUUACUGGACCUUACAAUCAGCAACGCUUGGUUGUUGUAUAAACGUGUUAUGAAGGCAAAUGGAUAUCCUGGAAAAGUUUUAAGUUCAUCAGACUUUCGGCUUGAUAUCGCAGAAGUGCUAACAAAAGUUAACACUAAAUCAAAAUUGGGUAAACGAAGUUCCGUCAUUGAAAAUGAAUUGCAGCUAAAGAAGCAGAGAGGUCCAACUCAGCAUGUACCAAACCAAAUGGUACGACAGGAUCAGGUUGGACAUUGGCCAAUUUGGGCAGACAAAAGAAUAAGAUGCAAGUUUCCAAACUGUGCAGGAUAUUCUCAAGUCAUGUGCAACAAAUGUGGAGUAGCUUUAUGCUUCAAUAAAAGAAAUAAUUGUUUCACCAAUUUUCACUUAAAUUAAACAGUAAUUUAAGCGCCUUAUAGCAAAUAUUAUAAUAAAAUUUACGUUUUAUCUAUGUAAACUGAGCACUGAAACUAUUAAAUAUAUUAUGAAUUCAAAUAUUUUGUUUAAUGCACUAAAAACAUUACAAAUAUAUUCAUUUAUGUUAAAUAAAUUUUUGGAUUAUAUUAAGUUUAAUUUUGAACCCAAGCAUAUUUGAUGUAUUUAUGCAACAUAUCCUUUAUCCUUAAUAAAAGUGUAAAAAAUCAAAAAUCGGGAAAACGAAAAAAAAGUGUAUUUUUUA